AAAAAAAAAAAAAAAAAGUACGUUUGCAAUUUCAUUUCCACUGUACAAUCCUUUGUCAAUCAAUAAAGAAAAUGUUGGAGACCAAAUUUUGAUGCACAAUUCUAAAUAAUAAAACAAGCAAUUUCUGACUGAUGUGGCUGAUAAUGGUUAUGCACUUUUGCUGCUUCUGUUCAUGUAAAAAGAUUGAAAACUGUAACUUUCAGCGUUGAUCCAUCAUCAUCUCCCCCAUCCAAGAACGACUAAAUUCCUAAAAUCCUAAUUGCAAGCAGGUUAGUGGCAAGAGGGAAAGCUUAAAGAAAGGAGAAAUUACCGAAAGAUUAAAUAACACAAUAAAGAUAUUAAUACUCAAACCCAAUAUUGUCCCAAGUCUUCAGAAUGUUUCUUAACGUUUCAACGACUUAUGCUCUGGGGUAGAUUGAAGCAGGCGACACGACUGUGCCUGUGCUCACGACAAACUGAUGGUCCUCGCUCUUUAAACGAAAAGCGUUCAAGCUGUUGUCCGACGACUGCGUAAAUGUUAAUGGGCUUUAAAGGUUAGUUUUGGGCCUCAAAGUGAGCCCAAAUUGUCUUUGUCCACGACUGGUUUCCAAUUAACCAUCACUGGUGACAGUUGACAGUUGACAGAAGUUUCAAUGUCGAGAUCAGAUGAGCAUAAUUCGAUUGCUGUUUCAUUUCCUCUGUGGAAUGAAAUUUUUAGUAGGAGAAGAAAGUGUUGCAGACCAUAUUUUGAUGCACAAUUAUAAUAAAAACCAGCAAGUCCUAGACUGAUUCGAUUUCACGUUUUCUUUUCAUGCAAAAAGAUCGAGAAAAGCGCUAGAUGCCACAAUUGUGCCAAUCAAGCCGGUCGGAACCGCCCAUCGGUGAUUUUCUGGUGAAACCCAACACAUAAGGCUUCCGGAUGGGCAUUUCAAUUUUCAAGCAUCAAGAAGUUAUUGGAAGGUUUGUCUUAUGGAAUUAGUAGCUUAUUCCAGACUCGAGUCCAGUUACUCUAUGAAUGGUGGAUUACUGGAUUGCCAAACUUUUAGGAGCAAUGGAAUGUUCAAGGAAGGCAUUGAUCUCAUGGAAUAUAUUGGAGUUGAUCGCUAUCGCUUCUCCAUAUCACGGGCAAGAGUCCUACCCAAGGGAAGAUUCGGACCUGUGAACCAGGCUGGAAUCAAUCAUUACGACAAGUUCAUCAACGGCCUUCUGCAUAAGGGGAUUCAACCCUUUGUGAAAUUGACUAAUUAUGACGUCCCUCAGGAACUCGUAGACAGGUAUGGAGCUUGGCUAAGUCCCGGUAUUAGGGAGGACUUCAAACAUUAUGCUGAUAUAUGUUUUGGAUUCUUUGGAGACAGAGUUAAAUACUGGGUUACCUUCAAUGAGCCAAAUGUUGUGGCAGUUCCUGGUUAUAGAUCAGGGGAAUACCCACCAGCUCAUUGCUCUGGCUCAUUCGGGAACUGUACCACUGGAGAUUCAGAGAGAGAGCCUUUCAUUGCAGCCCAUAACAUGAUCCUAUCACAUGCAGCUGCUGUUAGUGUUUACAGGAAUAAAUACCAGAAAGAACAAGGCGGCAGCAUAGGAAUUGUUAAUAAUGCCAUUUGGUUUGAACCUUUCAGCAUCUCCUUGUUAGACAAGCUAGCAGUUGAGAGAGCUCAAGCUUUCUAUUUGUACCGGUUCCUAGACCCAAUUAUAUUUGGAAAAUAUCCUACAGAAAUGCAUGAAAUUCUAGGAAUUCAUCAUUUGCCUGCUUUUUCAAACUAUGAACUGGAGGAGCUGAAGAGUGGACUAGACUUCAUUUGCAUAAACCACUACAAUAGUUUUUACGCAAAGGACUGCAUGUUUUCUUUCUGCAACCAAGGUCGUGGCUGUGGAGUUACAAAGACAGAAGGUUUUGCCUGGUGGACUGCUCAUCAAAAGGAUGGUAUCUUCAUUGGAGAACCUACCUCAGUUGAGUGGCUAUAUGUUUAUCCUCAAGGAAUGGAAAAAAUAGUGACAGAUAUAAAAGACAGAUACAACAACGUACCAUUGUUCAUUACAGAAAAUGGAAAGCAUGAGAAGGGAAAUAGCAAUACAACUACUGAAAUGUUACUCAAUGAUGUGAAGAGAGUCGAGUACAUGAGCAGGUACUUGGAUUCUCUGGCAAUGGCAGUCAGGAAAGGAGCAGAUGUACAAGGGUACUUUAGUUGGUCAUUGCUUGACAAUUUUGAGUGGAUGGAUGGAUAUACAAUAAGGUUUGGACUUCACCAUGUUGAUUAUUCAACUCUCAAGGGAACCCGAAAACUAUCUGCAGCUUGGUAUAGAGACUAUAUUUCCAAUCAUAAGGCUGGCAGAACUUGCACCUGAGCGUAAUCCUGAAUAUUACUUAGAUGUUGAAGAUCAGUUAAUAUUUACCGGCAAGGUUGAAAUCCUGUAUUAUUUGUAUUAUUUGAUAUCAUAAAAUGCUCUUCGUUUCCUGAAACUAAUAAUGAGGAAUAAUUCAUUCUCAAAAAAAAAAUAUAAUAAUAAUGAGGAAUAAUUGGAUAAUGACGUAA